GCUCCCGAGGACGACCGGCGGACGCGCUCGGCGGCGGCUCGGGGCUCGGAGGCCCGGAAGCUCCUGGGGCUGGCGCAUCCGGAGCGCGGGAGGCUGGCAGCCGCAGUCGGGUUUCUGGCCAUGUCCAGUGUCAUCACCAUGUCUGCCCCCUUCUUCCUGGGCAAGAUCAUCGAUGUCAUUUACACCAACCCCACCAUGGACUCCAGCUGCCACCUGACCCGCCUCUGCCUGGCGCUCAGCGGCGUGUUCCUGUGUGGAGCCGCUGCCAACGCCGUCCGCGUCUACCUCAUGCAGACCUCAGGUCAGCGCAUCGUGAAUAGGUUGAGAACUUCGCUCUUCUCCUCUGUUCUGCGGCAGGAGGUUGCUUUCUUUGACAAGACUCGCACUGGAGAGUUGAUCAACCGCCUCUCCUCAGACACCGCACUCCUGGGACGCUCGGUGACAGAAAACUUGUCGGACGGGCUCCGGGCCGGGGCCCAGGCCUCUGUUGGCAUUGGCAUGAUGUUUUUUGUCUCCCCUCAACUGGCCAUUUUUGUUCUGAGUGUGGUGCCUCCAAUAUCCAUCCUUGCUGUGAUUUAUGGGCGUUAUCUGCAGAAGCUGAGCAAGGCUACGCAAGAUUCUCUGGCCCAAGCCACUCAGCUAGCUGAGGAACGUAUUGGAAAUAUAAGAACUGUUCGCGCUUUUGGGAAAGAAAUAACAGAAAUAGAGAAAUACGCCAGCAAAGUGGAUGAUGUGAUGCAGUUAGCAAAGAAGGAGGCAUUUGCUCGGGCUGGCUUCUUUGGAGCAACGGGGCUCUCUGGGAACCUGAUUGUACUUUCUGUCCUGUACAAAGGAGGGCUGCUGAUGGGCAGUGCCCACAUGACCGUGGGUGAACUCUCUUCCUUCCUGAUGUAUGCGUUCUGGGUUGGAUUAAGCAUUGGAGGGCUGAGCUCCUUCUACUCGGAGCUGAUGAAAGGGCUGGGCGCCGGGGGGCGCCUCUGGGAGCUCCUCGAGAGGAAGCCUGAGCUGCCUUUUAAUGAAGGGGUCGUUUUAAACCAGGAGCAUUUCCAGGGCACUCUGGAGUUUAGGAAUGUGCAUUUCGCCUACCCUGCUCGCCCAGAGGUGCCCGUGUUCCAGGAUUUCAGCCUUUCCAUCCCAGCUGCAUCCAUCACAGCACUGGUCGGCCCGAGUGGCUCCGGCAAGUCGACGGUGCUGUCCCUGCUGCUGAGGUUGUAUGACCCCAGUUCUGGAACUAUCAGUCUCGAUGGCCAUGAUAUCCGUCAGCUGAAUCCAGUCUGGCUGAGAUCCAAGAUUGGGACCGUGAGUCAGGAACCAAUCUUGUUUUCUUGCUCCAUUGCUGAGAACAUCGCCUACGGUGCGGACAACCCCUCCUGGGUGACGGCCGAGCAGAUAGAGAAAGUGGCUGAUGCCGCCAACGCAGGCGCUUUCAUCCGGGGCUUCCCCCAAGGAUUCAACACUGUGGUCGGGGAGAAGGGUGUUCUCCUGUCAGGUGGGCAGAAACAGCGGAUUGCAAUUGCCCGUGCUCUGCUUAAGAAUCCCAAAAUCCUUCUCCUGGACGAAGCAACCAGCGCGCUGGAUGCUGAAAAUGAGUACCUUGUGCAAGAAGCCCUAGACCGACUCAUGGAAGGAAGAACAGUGCUGAUCAUUGCCCACCGUCUGUCUACCAUCAAGAAUGCCAAGAUGGUGGCCGUUCUUGACCAAGGAAAGAUUAUAGAAUGUGGGAGACAUGAAGAGCUGCUUUCAAAACCCAGUGGAAUAUACCGAAGACUAAUGAAUAAGCAAAGUCAUAUAAGCAUCAAGGAGUAGCUACUGAUAAAGUGACCACGAGAGACUUUAGAGCAAAACAUCGUCACUGAAAAACAAACUUAGACGGUAUGAAACCUGUAAAUCAUACUGCAAGUCACCGGAAAGGUGCCCGUUUCUUCCAAGGGUAAAACAUGGUUUGCAGAUGUACCUGUUCUCAAGGCAUUUUUAUUCAGAGUUUUAAUAAUUGUAACUUUCUAAAUGUCUAUGGCACUGAAGUUAUUUCCAGGGUUUUUUACUUUUAUCUUAGAAUACUUUAAUUAAAAUAACAUGGCACCUCAUUUUUGUUCUUCUUUACCUGCUGUUAUAAAUUGAAGCUAUUGUUAAAUGACAGAUUUCAAAAGAGGAUUAUAAAUAAAAAGCUUACUUAUUUUAGGAGAGUUUUCCAGUCACUCUUGCUAGUAUUAUACCUACUUCGUGUCUAAUUUUACUAGAAGAUGAAAGUCUUCCUUUUUAUUCUGAUAGUCCCAUGAAGCGAAGCUUGCAUACAGACAUACAGAAACAGUUAACAUCACAUGACAACAUGGGAAUGUUUACGUCCCCCACCUCCUGUGUCUUCAGAGGUGGGAGUUCGGGAGCAUGGGCUCCUCUGGAAUGAGGCUGUGUUCAGAUGUGUGUGAUUUUCAACUCCUUAGCACAUGAAAGCCUGACGAGUUUCAAAAAGGAUUCAGAAGCCCAUCCUUUGAAUAAGAAAACCCCUAAUUUCAUUACUCAUGCAUUUGUUACUUUGGGAAGUGAGGCGUGAACUGCCAGUUAUUAUUAAGAGGUAAGAAUGAAUUUCACAAUGAAGUCGUCCAAAGGCAUGUGUUUUGAAAACUAUCUUUUAAAAAUGUGUAAUUCCUAACUAAAUUUCACUUUUUAUCAGUUAUUUAAAUUCUUUUGGAAUUUCACUCAAUGAGGCAAAAACCUAAAUAAUUUCCAACCUUAAAACAUUUGGAGAAAACUUAGUUCUGUCUAUCCUGUAGAACAUCAUGAAGCUUUAGGAACUUGUCACUCCCUUGAGAGGACAAUUGUCAUUUUUAUUUAUGGUUAUAGUUUUAUUCACCCAAAUGCCUCAAUUCCUAAUGCAAUGCUGAUAGCCAUUAGAUUCACCGUAUUUCAAAUCAGUGCUCUGAAUUUGCUGUUGUCAGAAGAAAAAUUGCUCUUUUUCCUUGAUGGUGUGAGAAUCGAAGAAAUAAUGAUGUUGAUGAAAUGAGAAUAAAUAGAGGUUUCCCAUGCCCUACGUGUUCCUUACUGGUUAUACUGGAAGAAGAAACCACUAGUUCGUGAGAGGCACAGAGUGUUGUAUUUCCUUCUCCAUCAGGGAAUUUAUUACGGAAGAAAGUGGACUCAGUGAAUGAGUGAGCUCCGUGUUCUGUGAAUUAGGAAGUAGUACAUCUGUGACAGUCCUUUCAGCGAGCUUACCUGCGUUCUUCAUGCAAUCUGCCGUCACGGCGUGCUUCUCGGAAAGCAGACAAAACACAAUCACAGGGCUGGAUCUGAGGGAAAUCUUUGUGCCAUAGAAGUAUUUAGAAAAUUGUAUCUGAACAUUGUAUUUUAUUUUGUAAUACAAAAAUGUUCAAUAGUGUCUUUAGGGAACAUUUUAUAUCCUGGAUUAAAAUUUAUAAUGAACUUUA